UCUCUGUUGCAGAACAAAAAUUACAAAGUUUCUAAAGCUGCAAAGGAAGCUGGCAUGGCAUUGGAUUAAAAGCGGCUUACGGAUUUAAUGAUCAAUGGAGAAUAAAUGGAGGAACCAUCUUACCUGGUUACAAACCAGUUUUCGAAGUUAAGCUAAAGGAAAUAACGUUAAACUGAUAGAGGAACACUCGCAGUAUUCAAAUGAAUUUGUUGAAAAGCAUUUUACUUGUAUUGUAAAAGAUGCUACAGAAUCCCUUUGUGAGACUUUUUAUGGCUUAACAAUUAAUGAAUUCACUAUAUAUUGUCACAUUACUGAAAAGCUGAAAUUCACUUUGACUCGCACACAAGCAAAAUUUAUAAACCGAAACUCUGACGACACUCUUGAAUAAUGCAGACAAUUUGUUGAAUAUAUCGAUGCAAUGAAUGAUGAAACAUUUUACAAAAGAAAAUGCAUUUUUGUGGACGAAAGCGAGUUCAAGAAAAACAUGGUACAUCCCGUGGCAUGGUCCAAGAAAGGUGAGCCUGCAGAAGUGGAUGUAGAAGCAGAAGGGACCAAUCUGAGUAUCUUGGGUUGUAUUUCAGCCUAUGGAUUGAUUACUGUUUCCCAACAAGUUCCAAAAUCAAACCGAAAAAAAAAUAAAAGAAGAAAAAAAAAUACUUCUAAUAAUAAUACUAUUACUAUUACUGCUACUACUAUAACUACUACUUUCAUUGUUGUCUCUAUCAUUACUGCCUCUAUUAAAUUGCUACUACUAUAACUACUACUUUCAUUGUUGUCUCUAUCAUUACUGCC